CUGUUGCCGCUUACCUAAGUGGAUGCUUCUCCAAUAAUAAAACAAGACGAGCUCAAGACGGCUCUAUUUUGUUUUACUUACAAUACAUACAGUAUACACACAGUGAUAUAAAUUGACUUGUCAGCUCCUUCUACAAAAGGGUUCGGACACAAAGAAGAAAAGUAUUGUCCGUUUAUAUAAGCGACAGGCUUUCGAGAAGCACACUCUUGCAAGUUUGCAAACAUACAAGAAAACGCAAAUUGGGAUUAAAAAUGCCUUCUUAUUAUUUUUUUAUAUAAACAAGGUGGCCCACCUAUUGAGGAAUAUCCCAUCCCGGUGUUCCAGUGAAAUUCGACAGACCAGGAUUUAGUUUUCCUUCUCGGUUGUUUUUUUUUUAUGCCCCCAUAUAUAUUUCCUGGACAGGCCUCCUGUUCUGGGACUCUGGUCAGUUCAAGGCGCGAGUGUUGCGCCAUGGUAACCCACAGUAAGUUUGACAUCGCGAUGAGCUGCAGCCCCUUUGACGCUAGCCCGCGGCUGCCUCCUCACCGCUUCAAGACCUUCAGCUCCAAGAAGGAGUACCAGCUGGUGAUCACCGCCAUUCGGAAGCUGCAGGAGAGCGGCUUCUACUGGAACAUGGUGAAUGGGAAGGAGGCCAACAGCCUGCUCAGCUCCGAACCCCCUGGCACGUUCUUGAUACGGGACAGCUCGGACAACCGCCACUUCUUCACCCUCAGCGUCAAAACUGACUCCGGGACCAAAAACCUGCGCAUUCAGUGCGACAGCUGCUUCUUUUUCCUACAGACUGACCCCAAAAGCAUGCAGCCAGCGCCCCGUUUUGACUGUGUCUUGAAACUGAUCCACCAUUACAUGCCUUCCAAAGUUUCCGCGGCGUCUGCUGGAAACGAGAAGAGCAGUUACUUUAUUUACUCCAGUGGAGAAAAGAUUCCCCUCGAGCUACUCAAACCCUUGUCCUCAAGCGUUUCCACUCUGCAGCACCUCUGUCGCAAGACUGUCAACGGACAUCUAGAGGUUUCCAGUAAACUGGACCAGCUGCCUCAUACGCUAAAGGAGUUCCUCCAGGAGUACGACGCUCCAGUAUGAAGACCCUCGCUGUGAACUGAACCCUGUAGUAGUCGUCUGGUUGACUUGCUUAAGGUGGAAUUUUUGUUUUUGUGUGGCCUGUACUGUGCUGCACUGUACUGCUGAGCAACCUGGCUUUCCAUUCCUUUAAAAAGGGUCUUAAAAACUAUUUGAAACAAAGGUGACAGGAGAAGAUGGUCUAGCCAACCAGCUAGGCAGCUAGAAAUGUUUGCUGUUAAGCACUGGUGUCAAUUCUGGAUGAAACAGUCCUCUGUUUUUUUGCAACUGUGGCAUAACAGCUGGCGCACGCAUGGCUACCUAACCUUCACUAAAAUGUACGCUGGGUAUACUUGGCAUUCUACCUGUAUGCUGCUACUACUACUCAUGGUAUACUGGCAUUGCUAGACAAAGCAUAUUUGUAACAUUUCAUUUCUCACUUGUCAUUUUUCCAAGAGACAAAGCAGGGCACCCAGAGUUACAUGACACAGUAAUUUCCAUUUGUGUUCCAGGCAGAGCUGUCUGAUUAUUGUAUGCGUGUGAGUCUGUGUGGAUGUAGGUGGGGGAAAGAGUACCCAUGGUUUUUCAAAGAAAGGAAACGAGGCAGCAUCCUUAACAUCAAAGUAGCACCAUACUAAUAGCUAGAACUGUUGAGUACUGGGGUGCUAAGGAAUUCUGCAGCAGGCUGUCUGUGUGGCUCUAUAACCUCUGAAGAGACCACAUUUUUUAAAAGCCAGUACCAAAUGACACUUGAUUUGUAGUGACUAUAUUCAAUUUAUAAUGACUACUAUAGUUCUGAGGUGGGAUUAAAGUCAAUGCAGAUAGCUAGAAGAAGACAGCCUCUUACCCCCAAACCAUUCAGAAUUCACAUGUACACAAUCCUGCAUGUUUUGCUGAAUGAAUCAUCAUUAAAACUAGCCAGAAAGGGGAUAUGAGUAGUUCCUACCCGCACACCACUGAAGAGAAUGUAUUCAGAGAGUGACAUCCCAGCUUUUGUGAGAUGAAUAAAUCCCUGAUAAAUUGCAAAUGAAAACACAUUUUUUUUUUUUUUUUGGUUUUGUGCAUCAGCGUUGUUUUCUUAAGCAUACAAAACAAUUGUGGUAGCAUUUCUCUUACAAUCACUGUUGAAUGUAUUCAAGGGAAGCCUGCAUUGCCUUCUCUGUUCAUGGCAUUGAUUACAAUGAAAGACGCACAGUUCUGUGUGUUGUAUUUUGUUUUUUAAACACAAAGAGAAAUGUUUACAUUGUAUGUGAAAAAAAAAAAACUCCCGGUUGUUUUUUUUUGUUUUUUUGUUUAUUUUUUAUUUUUUUUUUGUCUUUUGUAAAAAUUUCACCUUACACUCCAGUCUUGACGUCUGGAAGUAUAAGCUUGAACAUCUCAACAAAACAACAAAAUAAAUGUCAAAAACUUUGCACAUAUUUAUAUUUAUAAAACAUUUCAAUAAUUUAUAAUAAAAGAGCACUAUUUUUUAAAGAAAUUCAAA